AAUGAAGCAUCCUGCACGAAACGAGAGGAUUAUUUGGAAUGGCCUGAAUAUUUUAUGGCGGUAGCUUUUUUGUCAGCACAAAGAAGCAAGGAUCCAAGUUCGCAGGUUGGUGCUUGCAUUGUAAAUUCAGAAAACAAGAUUGUUGGAAUUGGAUAUAAUGGGAUGCCUAAUGGCUGCAGUGAUGAUGUACUACCCUGGACAAGAACGGCAGCACAUAGACUAGACACAAAAUAUCCUUAUGUGUGCCAUGCUGAACUGAAUGCCAUCAUGAACAAAAACUCAGCUGAUGUGAAGGGCUGCAGCAUGUAUGUUGCCUUAUUUCCCUGUAAUGAAUGUGCAAAGCUCAUCAUCCAGGCAGGCAUAAAGGAAGUUAUCUUUAUGUCUGACAAGUAUCAUGACACUGUGGAGAUGACAGCUGCACGGCGAAUGUUUGAUUUAGCAGGUAUUAUAUACAGGGAAUUCAAGCCAAAGUGUAACAAGAUCAUCAUCGACUUUGAUUCAAUUAACAGCAGACCAAGUCAAAAGCUUCUGUGAAUUAAGUCUCAUUAAGUCUCUGGAAGAGUGUGAUUAUCCUUUUCUAAAAAGGUGCUAAUGCCUUUCAUCUUAAAGUUACUUGAAACUUUUUACCGGCUUCUGUAGCUAAAGUAGACUUCUGAGAAAUCCAAGGUAUAAAAUGUCCCUCCUCACUUCAUCUUGUCAUGUGGCAUCUAAAGCUACUAAUUAUUUUUUUUAAAGCCUUUAUCAAAACUGCUUAAAAAGUCUGGAGGCAGGCAGAAUGAGACAAUGUAAUGUAUGUAAAGAAAACUGUUCUG